UGGGGAGUGGCUCAGUGUUUAGUAAGGCAUGAGAGAGAAGAUCUUGCGGUGAGGGACCGGAGAGAGUGGCAGUGCAGGAGUGAAACUUCAUAAUUCCGGGACAGAGUUCUCGCCUCCUGAUCCGACAUGGCGUAUGGAUUGUACUGGUGCAUCAUUUAUGGUGGGGGAAGAGCUGCUUACCAACUUCAAGACCAUCAGCGUAGCAGCCCGUUUUCACCCAACUAUCCCACUGUGGGGUACUACUAUGUCCAGUCGCAGGCUAGCCAGGCCACACCCAAACCGGCAGCUCAGGUCUCCACUGUGAAGCCUGCACAGUACGAGAAGGAAUCAUCAGGAUCCGCCAUGGCUACAAGGUCUGGGGGGGUUACCUCAGCAACAGGUGGAGCUACCAAAAGUAGCGUCACAGCAGGAGGAGGCACCUCAGUUGGGACAGCAGCAAAAGCCAAACCGGAGACUAACGCUACACUGGCAGGUGCUACUGUUAUUGACAUGUCGUCCGCUGGGGCUACACUUGUUGACAUGACAUCAGCUGGGGCGAGGGGCAGUCCUAAAGAGAUGCCUAAGACUGCUCCUGUUUCCCAAGUCACAGCCACAGCUACAAUUCCUUUUCUUGCUGCUGGAAUGUCUGCAAAACCUUACAGCCCAACGACCGCUGCUGUGACCAAACCUAAAGAGUCACCUAAAGACACAGCCAAGAGUGUCACUGCCACCACAACAGUCAAAGCUGAAGUGCCUAAAGCUGAUCCAGCUAAAGCACUACAGCCAGCUGCAGGAACUACAGCUGCAGCUGGAAAUGUGUCUGUGCAGGGGAAGAAAGGAGCCGAAACAACACAAGCGAAGGUGCAGGUGGAGGUUCCUCCCGCAGCAGCUAAAGGAACCAAGGAGGAGGAUCCAUUUGAUGCCCUGGCUAGCAUACUGCCAUCGUCUGACACUAUUGCACGCCCACAGCCUGAAUACACCGGGCCAGAGGUCAAAGAGCAUGACAUCAUUGCUGAGGUGGGUGAGAAGUGUGGAGAAAGAGAGAGCACGCUGCCUCCAGGCUACAGGCUCGAAGAUAUGCCUCCAGCUCCUGCAGAUUGGAAACCCAAGGACGUUCCUAAACCACUGAGCACAGACCAGGCCCUGGAUUCUCUUUCAGCUGGAUUCAUGAGUUCAACUGGUCCAGCUGCAGCCAAACAACAAGAGAAAAAGGAUAAUGCUGUCAGUGCCUCAUCUGCUGGCCCUACUAACUUUGCACCUCCUCCUGUAAAGAAAUCUCAAUCUCCUGCAGCAGCCAAGAUGGAGAAAGAGUCGGGAGAUUUCUCUCUGGAGGCUGGACUUACGUCUGCUACUGCUACUGCCACGAAAGCAGCUGCUCCUGUGGCUGUGAGUCCUCCUGUUGAUAAAAAACCCAAGAUGGAAAAAACCACCACAGUGGACACCAAGCCCAAGACUGAUGGGGGUGACUCUAUGUCUCUGGAUGCUCUCAGCGCUCUUGUUGACACGCUGCCAGAAGACAAACCAAAACCCAAAGUCCCUGAACUCAGACCUGAGGACAUUGUCUCGGAGGACAAACACAAGAAGGAGAAGGGUGUGCUUGUAGGAGAGAGGGAGGACACAAUUCCCCCAGAGUACAGGUUUGAUAAGGAAGAACUAGAAAAACUGCCUGCUCCAAAACCCGAGCCCACCAUUGGUACUGGUGAGGCUCUGGACAUCUUGUCUGGAGACUUCUUGACCUCUUCAUCAGCUCCUGCUGUCCAGGCUUCUGUUGCGCAGAAAAAGGUCCCGGGUGAUUUCUCUCUGGAGGCUGGAGUUACUUCUUCUACUGCCAAGAAAGUUGAGUCCUCUGCGGUUCCCCCUGUGGCUGUGUGUCAAGCUCCUCCUCCUGUCAAAAAGGAGACAACUGCUGCUGGAAAGGACGCCACUGAUGGCAAGCUCACUGCUGGUCAGGGUGACUCUAUGUCUCUGGAUGCUCUCAGCGCUCUUGUUGACACGCUGCCAGAAGACAAACCAAAACCCAAAGUCCCUGAACUCAUACCUGAGGACAUUGUCUCGGAGGACAAACACAAGAAGGAGAAGGGUGUGCUUGUGGGAGAGAGGGAGGACUCAAUUCCCCCAGAGUACAGGUUUAACAAGGAAGAACUAGAAAAACUGCCUGCUCCAAAACCUGAGCCCACCAUUGGUACUGGUGAGGCUCUGGACAUUUUGUCUGGAGACUUCUUGACCUCUUCAUCAGCUCCUGCUGUCCAGGCUCCUGUGGUCACCCCCUCAGCUCCCCCUGCACAGACCAAAGUAGAGGAUUUGUCAGCUUUGGAUCAACUUUCUUCAGAUUUUGUGGCUCCAGCUAAAGCUUCUGGAGUUCAGGCAUCUGCCCCUCCUCCUACCAAGAAGACACCACAGAAAACAGUCUGUCCUCUGGAGCAGCCUAAAUCAGUUGAUGUCCUCCCUGGACAACCACAACAAGCAAAACCUAAGACUGAUACGGGUGACUCUAUGUCUCUGGAUGCUCUCAGUGCUCUUGUUGAUACACUGCCAGAAGACAAACCAAAACCCAAACUCCCUGAACUCAGACCUGAGGACAUUGUCUCGGAGGACAAACACAAGAAGGAGAAGGGUGUGCUUGUAGGAGAGAGGGAGGACACAAUUCCCCCAGAGUACAGGUUUAAUAAGGAAGAACUAGAAAAACUGCCUGCUCCAAAACCCGAGCCCACCAUUGGUACUGGUGAGGCUCUGGACAUUUUGUCUGGAGACUUCUUGACCUCUUCAUCAGCUCCUGCUGUCCAGGCUCCUGUGGUCACCCCCUCAGCUCCCCCUGCACAGUCCACUGAAGACUUUGCUCUAGAUGCCUUAGCGGGAGACUUUGUUGCCCCCACUGCUGCUCCAACAGUGAAGUCCGCUGCUUGUGUUCCCACAGAAUCUGCCUUAGAGCUGGCCGCGGGAGCAGACACUGCCCUGGACGCUCUGUCAGACAGCUUGAAGGAUAUCGCACCCACACCUACCCCGCCUGCCCCAGUUCCUGCCAAAGACAUUGUUAAGGAGAAGGAGGUCGUUGAAGAGAGGCUGAUUAAGAUGGGAGAGAGAGACGACACGCUGCCUCCUGAGUAUCGACCCACUGAGGAAGAUCUUAAGAAAAUGGCAGAAGAAAAGGCGAAAGGAGACACAAAACCCAAGGAGACUAUGGAUGAUAAAACAGCCUUGGAUUUGCUGUCCAGUGACUUCGCCACUGCCCCCACGCCCACCACACCGGUUGAAUCAUGUGCUGCAUCAUGUGCUGCCACGACAAAGCUGGAACCAUCUGUGCUGGACUCAGAUCCCCUGAAGCCAAUGCCUGCUCCUGUCCUGGACACCCUGUCUGGCACCCUGCUCCCAGAUGAGCUCAAAUCUAAAUCAGACAAACCAAAGGGCAAGAGCAAGUCAAAGUCAAAGUCUAAAAAACACCACGCAGAGGUGCCGUCUGCCACUGACGAGCUACCAGCUCAGCCAAGCUCAGAUGUUGUGCCAAAAUCUACAAAGAAGGGAAGCAAGAGAUAGACCACUUGGUUCAUGGUGCAUUUUGUCCUCCUGGCCACAGAGAUGCAUCAGUGAGGGAGCUGCUCUCUGGAUAAUGAUUCUAUUUUUCUAAAUCAUCGAGAAUGUAUAUUGGAUGAAAGACACACCUCGACAUGCCCAUAACACUUGCUCAACGCACACUCACACACACACACACACACACACACACACACACACAAAGAUGCACAAACACACACACACACCUCUGCAUGCAGCGCCUUUUUUUGCUCAGUAUCAUGUGUAUUUUUAAGGGCGAGAAGAUUUUGGUUUCAGUCUUUGGAGAAAAUGAAAGUACUUUUCAAAGCAAGAUGGAGAGUAAAAGAAUGAGAGAUGAACGGACAAAGAAAGGAGGGGAACUGUGGGGAAAGAAAUGAGAUUAGUUUUGUUGGUUGGUGUGUUGAGCGUGCCGAGGAAAGGAAGGCGUUGCCCGUCAGAGUCCUGCAUGUGCAUCUUAGCUGACAGUUUUUCCAGCGAUACACUAACAUCACAACACACUUGCUUGUCUCAGCCUGGUGGUGUUGUGACGUUAGUGGGAGCAGUGGGGGCUGUCAGUUGGCGUGGGAGCUGUACAGAGUGGGUGUAUAGUAUCGGGAUGUUUGUGCAAUCUUGAUGUACACAAAAAAGCCAAGUUUUCUAUCAUGAUGUGGUCGGAUGCCAUUAAAGACACUAGUGUACAGCUUAGUUCGCUUAUAUUUUGGUCAACACAGUUUACAUGAUUAAAUGUGUGGAGGAUUUCCAGGAGGUGUUCCGCUUAAUUCUGUAUCCGAGAGCUUUUUGCAAAUGCCUUUUACUUUCUGUAGAGAAAUAUCAAUUCAAGAAAAGGGUCUUUUGUAUGUAUUUGGCUUUGUAGAGAAAAAAAAAAUGCUGGUGUCCACAAGUGCACUUAGUGAACCGAGGAGGUUACAAGCUUUGUCAACCCCCCUUGUUUGUAUACUGUAAAAAAUGAAAAUAAAAAAAAUAAAAAAAAAAGAUUUUUGCUCUAUAUAAAA